AUGGUGAGAUUUCGCCUUUUGGUACAUAAUACUCAUUCUGCUCCAGGUGAUGAGGCUAAAGGAACUUAUACCGGCUUUAUUGCCCUCGUAUCAUACGUCGAAAUUUUACCGACCUUAGCGCCUUUCAUGAUCAUAAAAGUAUUCUCGUUCAUGUGCACGAGGGUUCUGGGCAGAUGCAGUCUUGGCAUUUCGAUGUUUCGUCCUGUGGAUGCGAAAUAUCUAUCAUGGUUGCUCAGGCUGGUUCGUAGUUUCGGUGACCGAUACCGUCUUGCUGCUGCUUGUCGGGGUGUUGGCCACUCUCAUCAUCAACAAUCAAAGCAAAGAUGA